UGUAGUUGUACAUAACUGAAAUCAGGUGUGAGUGUAACUCUACUGGCGGCACAUAAAACUAAAACAUUAUUCAGUAAAAAUCAUUCAAAAUUUUGGCGUAAAAUUUCUGUCAACAUCAUUUCUCUUCCAAAUUAUCUAAAUUAUUAAGUUCAUUUAAUAAACUUUCAUUAAAAUAUGCAAAACUCAGCAAACACGGACCUGCAGAAAAUUCACUUACUUGAUUUACCCCAUAAUUUGAUAGAAAACAUCUUAGAAUAUUUAGAAUACAAAGAACUGGAUACAAUAAGAUGUGUGUGUACACAAUUUCAUUCAAUUGGGAUAAACUGCAUGAAAUCUGGUAUUGAAAAAGUGUUAACUAUCUUGGCAAAGAAAAUGACUGUGUUAGAAGCUGAACUACAAGAAGUUCAUCACAGUUUGGAGCAUAAAAUCACUCUGAAUCAAACUUUUACCACUUUAAAACUACUUCGAAUGCACGUGUACUCUUUGUACGUCUUGCGGAGACAUUUCCUGUUCCCAAAAUGUCAUUUUACACCUUUUGGAAUAAUAUUGGAUAAUAUUAUAAAACAUUUACAGCAGAUGAAAAUAACAAAUUGUUUGUCCUGGCUGCAACACUGCCUACAACUACAAACUAUCAUCUCACGCUUCAAUAUUUACAACGAAAACAUCACUGGAAACUUAACUUACCCGUUUGGGGUACACGUGAUUGACAUUUUGGAUGUUUUAACUGGUAUUAACUACGAUAUUAAGUGUAUCUACAACUUUGACGAGUGUUCAUGCACUGUUUUUGCUUAUUAUUACACUGAAAACAUAAAAUUCUUAACUUACAUGCCAGAUAUUAACUUUAUAAAAGAUUGCCAAGAUCGUUACUUGACGCAAGAGGAACGAACAAGUAUUUUAAAGUAUUUACUGGCUUUGGUUAACUUAUAUAAUGGUUUGCAUGGCAAAAAAGAAGAAUAUGACAGAGAAAUGCAGUUUGCGUCGAAUGAAAGUCCGAAAUUUGAUUGCAGACAUCCAAUGGAGAGUCAUUUCUGUCGCAAUGUUGUAAAACGCGAGUACUUAUCAAAUACUUCUAUAUUAGAGCUUUAUCUCAGUCAACACACUGAACAAAAGCACUACUAGGCUGCCAGGUUGAAUUAAUAUGCCCAAUGGACAUGGCUCCUUUUAAAAUCGGCAAAAGUUUGGAGCUUUUAAAGCGAGAUUUGUAUCUAAACAACUCAACUAUUGCAAUGCACAAAGAAAGUGAAAACAAAGUGACUUACGCUGUUGAAAUACGAUUGAAGUUUAUUAUAAAACAUAAAAUGCAGGAGUUGUUCGAUAUUUCUAUUAAAGAUAUUGAAUGCUGAA